AAGUAGUGGAAGUUUGUUGUUGGGUGUGAGACUUGACUUGCUUUCCUCUUGCUCUGUACUCUCUACUAGUAUCUUCUUCUUCUUCUGUUUUGAGUGUGGAUCUUGGGGAAGGAUGAGUUAUGUGGGUGUUGGUGUUAGUCCCGGCCCUCCCGGGAAUGUCCCAGUGUAUCAUAAUACAAAUGUGAAGCUAGCGGAUAGGAGCGUGCGAGUGGCAGAACUUGUUUUGAGGUCUGUGAUUUGUGCUUUAGGAGUUCUUGCAGCUGUUCUUGUGGGGACUGAUACCCAGGUCAAAGAGAUCUUCACAAUUCAGAAGAAAGCUCGAUUUACAGACAUGAAAGCUCUUGUGUUUUUGGUGAUAGCCAAUGGGAUAGCUGCUGCCUACUCUUUGGUGCAGGUGCUGCGCUGUGUUGUGAGCAUGGUUAGAGGAAAUUUGCUUUUUAGCAAGCCCUUAGCCUGGGCCAUCUUCUCUGGUGAUCAGGUAAUGGCAUACUUGACCGUAGCUGCAGUGGCUGCUGCAGCACAAUCAGCAGUGUUUGCAAAGUUGGGGCAGCAAGAAGUGCAGUGGAUGAAGAUAUGCAAUAUGUAUGGGAAGUUCUGUAACCAAGUUGGAGAGGGAAUAGCGAGUGCAGUAUUAGUUAGCCUUAGCAUGGUGGUCCUGUCUUGCAUGUCUGCUUUCAGUCUCUUCCGCCUGUAUGGUGGGAACAAGCAGGGCAAGAGCAGCGCAAGCUGGUAGGCCUUGAAGACACUCAGUUGUAACUAAUUGACCCACCUCUUUGCUCUUGGCUCUUGCGCACAUGGGUUUUGUGAUUUGUUGGUGUUCUUUCAUCUAUGUAUGAUGAUGAUUAAAAAGUUAGCCUUGUGACAGCCCUUUGAAUAUGACAAUAAAUGGAGGCUUGGGUUCUGUAA